UUAACUCAGAAUUACAGGACACGUGACUAUGUCGAAUGAGUGAAACCUUUUUAAAGAGUCGCUUGUAAAUAAACUUCAACAGAUUAACAACAAACAAGCUGACAGAUACAAGCAUGGAGGUUUCGUGUGUGAAUUUGAUUUUUGCUGCUAUUGUCACAUUAUGUCUUCCACAAGGAAGUCCUGCAAAAUUAUGUUACAGCUGCAGCUAUACAUACACAAGUACUCGUAUUGGAGAAGAAUGCCUGUAUGCUCCAAUGAAUGUAUCAACAGCAAACCUUGUGGCUUGUAACUCAAAAUGCUAUUCAAGGGCUGUUUAUACAAGAGGGUCAAAGGAGAGACGAGUCAACUCAGCUGUUCGAGGAUGUUGGACGGAUGGCUUGUAUGAAAUGUACAAGUCAUGUACAUCGAGCUUACAUGAAGAAACCUGUACCCGGACUUGCUAUGGAGCCAAGUGUAACACAUGGAGUCUCUAUUAUAUUGCAAAUGCAGAUGGAGAACACAAUGGUGACGACAAAGAUCCAUACAAUGAGCCAGAAAAUGAGAAUCGACCAAACAUGAAAUCAGAAAAUGGGAAUGAGUCAAAUAAGAAAGGAGGUGAGAAUGGUUCAAAUGUGAACUCAGAAGAGAAAUAUGAACCAUACCCAGGAAUGAUAAACGAAACAAAUUAUGCAAAGGAAACAACUUUUCCGACUUCUUCAAACACCACUUUAUCCAGUCCUGGUCCACAAAACUGUUACAGUGUUUUAUUUAUGGUUUUGACUAUUGUACUUAGUUUUAUAGUUUGGGUAUAAUACUGAUGUGUGCUGUGGAAGGUUGUUGAUUUGUUGGUUGGUGAUGUGAUUGUAGUUUCUUUGGCAAAACAAAUCUGUGAUUGUAUUUCAUCUCAGCAGGAAAUGAUUCACUUAACCUCACUUUACAUUUGGGCUAAGCUUGA